AAGUUUUUAUAUGGUUUUUGUUCUUGGUCUUAAACUGUUGCAUUGUUUGUAAUUCAUUUCUAUUUAAAGGUAAAGUUUGAACUUUUUUCAAUACUGUUCCUGUAGCUAACUUUGAAGAGCAUUGUGUUAGCACUACUGUACAAAGGUUGUUGGUUCGAUUCCCAGGGUACACACAUACUGAUCAAAUGUAUAGCUUGAAUGCACUGUAAGUCUGCCAAAUGCGUAAAUGCAACAUAAUGUAAUACUGUGCCAAACCAGUUGGUUCCCUAUACUUAAACAAUUGCUUGAGCCAAUGUUGCUAUGUCGGACUGAGUGGGAUGCUCAAACAAACAAUGUGAACAAUGUUUUCAUAAAGCCACUGUUUCAUUUUUCAGUCUGAGCAUGUAGUGUAUUUAACUUUCAAAACAUAACACUUCACAUUUAACUAAGGUUGGAGACUUUGUACAUGUUGGUUUGUCUGUUUAUGUACAAUAACAUAUGCAUGAUGCUGUAGGGAGCUCCUGAGGCAGAUGUGCAUUAGCUAAUGUUGGCUAAAUGCAGCUGGGUUGGCCAGGGCUAAUAGAGAGACCAUAACAGCAUGACAUCAUAAUGAGAGUGUGUGUGUGUGGGGGGGGGGUGAGCUGAGAAAGAGAGUGAGCGAGAGAGAGAGGGGGAAGAAGAGAAAGGGGGUGGGAUUAAACCAGCCACUUGAAGGGACAGAAGAAGCUGUCAGUGAGGCAGCGAGAGAGAGAGGGUGACGCUUAUGUGUGCAAGAGGACACAGGGCUAGACUCAGUCCGCAGAGAGCCGAUUCACCUUCCAGUGGAUUCCUGUGGAUUCCUCCUUUUCUUCCACAGCAUCUUUCCUUUUUCCCUAGCCAUCCCCCCUUCCCCUCCCUCCUUCCCCCCACUCUCCUCUCCGAUCUGGACCGCUCCUCCGGGCAUGCUACUUAAGCCCAAGUAUGGCCGCUUCCGGAACGACUCAGUGACCUCCUCCGACGACCUGAUGCAGAGCCUAGCCAUGAGCGGGAAGGUGGUGGCCACGCCGGUGGCCUCCUCGUCCACGCCUGGCUUGGAGCUGCCGCCCCUGGAGACCGCUGCUCUCCCUCCGCCCUCGGCUCAGAUGCUGGCCGACUCUCCCGGGCUGGAUGGCGAGCAGGACGGCACCACCACCUUCUGCAUGCUCAUCCCCAAAAUGCCCCAGUGGAAGUUCUCCAACUCGCUGCUAAGCCGUAGUCCGUCCAAUAGCAGCUCCAGCUCCGGUUCCAGCAAGGACUCGGGCAGGGCCUCUACGGCCGAUAGUUCUGCACCCAGGGGUGCAACUGCUGCUAGUGGUCCCGUGGCUAGUCUUGCAGCUGUUUUCAACUCCUGUGACCCUGUUUGUGUGGGCCCUUGUUCCCUACAGGCCGUUAGGCGGCAGAGGGCCAUCGGAGGUUCAGCAAGUCACAGAGAUUCGGGGGCCACCGAGGGGAGUCCGGGGGGCUCUGGGAGCUUCAGGACAGGGAUGAACCGGAGGACCAGGGUAGAGGGCAUAUGGCUGGGAGAUAACUUUACCCAGAAGGGGAGCUUCAUCAACAAGCCGACGCAGGGGUGGUUGCACCCAGACAUAAAGAUCAGCAGCACAGGAGCUUCCUACAUCGUCAGGUACAUGGGGUGCAUUGAGGUCCUGAAAUCAAUGCGAUCUUUGGACUUCAACACUAGGACGCAGGUUACAAGAGAGGCCAUCAACAGGUUGUGUGAAGCCGUACCAGGAGGAAAAGCUGCCUGGAAGAAGAAAGUCACCAACAAAACCCUCCAGUCCAUCAUGGGGAAGAGUAACCUACGGUUUGCUGGGAUGAGCAUCGGCGUCAACAUCUCCAUCGAGGGCUUGAGUUUGCUGGUCCCCACCACACGACAGGUAAUUGCACACCACCCCAUGCAGUCCAUCUCCUUCGCUUCUGGCGGAGACUCUGAUACGCCUGACUAUGUUGCCUAUGUGGCCAAAGAUCCUGUGAAUCAAAGAGCUUGUCAUAUCCUGGAGUGUGGUGAUGGUCUUGCCCAGAAUGUGAUCAGUACCAUCGGCCAGGCCUUCGAACUUCAGUUCAAACAGUAUUUGCACAGCCCACCCAAAGCCAUUCCCCCUAUGGACAGGAAUAUACGAACAGAGGAGUCAGCAUGGGGUGAUGAUGAAGAGUCAUCCGAGCAUAAUUAUUACAACAACAUCCCAGGCAAGGAGCCUCCAGUGGGGGGCGUGGUGGACUCCAGACUCAGGCCUCCAGUGGCUCUAUUUGGUCACGCCCAUACCCAACCACAGAACAAAACAGCUCAGAUGGGGUCACCAGCCAAAAGAGAAGCAAGCACCCUUCCUGCCCCCCACUUGUGUUAUGAAGUGCACUGGGACACGGAGAACAACGGUAGCUCAAGUUUGACUUCUGAUGGUUACUUGCGAGCAGAUGGUCAUCCACCUGGCAGCCGCGAUUAUGAGGAACACCUGUACGUAAACACUCAGAAUCUGGACAACGUGGAGACCUCAGCGGACACACGAGGAGGACGAAAACCAGAUAGUCCUAAGAAAGACAUAUUUGACAUGAGGCCAUUCGAGGAUGCUCUGCGUCUACACGAGGCCAGUGGGGUUUGUGUAUUGGAAGACAAGUGGCCGAGUCCCCCGCGUCGCCGGGCUCCCGUCGCCCCUACAGAAGACCAACUACGACGUGAAAUGUGGUACCACGGACGCAUGAGCCGCAGGGACGCAGAGAAUCUCCUGGUCCGAGAUGGAGAUUUCCUGGUGCGGGACAGCGCGACUAACCCAGGCCAAUAUGUGCUGACGGGGAUGCAGUGCGGCCUGCCCAAACAUCUGCUGCUGGUGGAUCCAGAAGGAGUGGUUCGGACUAAAGAUAUGCUGUUUGAGAGCAUAAGUCACCUGAUCAACUACCACUUGACCAACAAACUGCCCAUUGUGGCAGCGGAGAGCGAGUUACACCUCCAGCAAGUGGUUUGCAGAAAACAUUAACCUCCACUUCAACCCUGUAUACUGUACAUGAGAGCGAGGCUGUACCCCGUGCCACAAAUCCAGAGGCUCCACACUAUUGCCUUAAACACAGACUCUGAGCUUCCACUGGGACUUGUGGGAUUUCACUGUUCCUUUGGCACUGACCACAAACUACAGCUUUCAGCAUGCCUUGCUCAAUCAUCCUUUCCUCAACCCAGAACCAACUGAGAAGACCCCCGCACCCCAACUGCGAUCUAGACAUUGGGAAAUAAAGUGCUUUACUUCGUGCAAACCAAACCCUACAAUUUCCCAGCAGACUGUCAUUGGUGAUGACCGUGCCUGUCAAAAAAAUGUGAACUUAUGAGAAACACGAGACCAAUCGUCUUAUUUCCUUGUUUCCUCAACAUCUGUAUGAGCAUUGAAUGGACUGCUGUUUCUAAAUGUGAUGUAUUCAGUAACUGUGGUUAUGAUCUUUUCUGGUGAUCAUUUCUGUGGACCGACUGGACAUCAAUAUCUUGUUGUGCUUUAAAAAAAAGUGGUCAACAGUUUGUUCUCAGGAUGCAGUAUUUGAUAAGGAAAUUAUAUAAAGCUUAUAAGCUCAGCUUUAAUGCAGUCGUAUCCAAUGCACAUGUUUCAUUUACGAACUCUCAGGACCAAACAUUGGGUCAUGUGAUGUUACCCUUUUUUAAAGCGACAGUGAUCGAACAUGCAUUAUACUUCAUAGCAUCUCUUUUGUGUUUAGUCAAAUAAACAAAUGUGUACCAAUGGUAUGUGCACCAAAACACAAACAACAAUGGUAAAAUUUCACCAA